AUGGACAUGGCCGCUGCACAGCGCUCGGGUGCAGCAAACAUGAAAACGCCCGCGACAUUCAUGGGCCUGCCUGCUGAAAUACACUGCGCCAUCGCCGAAGUUGCUGACGGUCCAGAUGUUCUGUCAUUGCGACUGACGUGCCGAGAUCUAUCUGCUGCUUGCUUCGACACGUUCACCUCCCGCUUCUUCGAACAUCGCAUACAUCUAUUCACUCGCACCGGACUGCAACAGCUCGUGGACAUCACUACACAGUCAGGCUUUCGCACCAAACUCAAGACAAUUCGGCUCGUUCCUGUGCGCUUGACCUCGACAAACGCAAACGACAUCAAGCCCUUGAAGAAAAUCUGGAAUUCCGAAGCGAGCGACUUCAGAGAUAGCGGUAUCGAGAGCGAACUUCUCGCACAACUUCUGGAUAACCUCGCAGCCUGCAAGGUAUAUCCGUCUAUCAUACUCUCUGACGUGAGUCUUGCCGCCGGUAGGAUCAAAAGGACUGCCGGAUUUUCAGGGCUGGAGGCACUUCUUGGCAAACAAGAAGCAAUCGAUCAUGUCCAACAAGCACGCUCGCCGCCAUCCGCGCUACGAGCCUUGACAGCCGCCAGCGCUCAGUCUGCAACCCCGAUUGUCAAACUUAAUUCGAGCAGCGUCCUGGAACUGCUGGGCGAAAAGACUUUUGACAAACUACCGGAUGCGACGCUUCAAAGAGCGUGGUCACAGCUCACAGCACUUGAGCUUGGGACCUUUGAUACGCCCGAAGAGAGCUACGAUUCGCGGUCUCCUGCAGUUGCUGGACUAAUGAAGCUCUUGAAGUCGGCCACGAAGCUGCAAAAGCUCAGCAUCUUCCAGUUUACAUCACCAUUAAUCGAUUUUGACAUGAUUAGCACCAAUUUCGAUGAAUGCAGAUUGCGCUCGGUCGAGCUUGUCGGUCUAAACGAACAUAGCGAACGAAUCAUGUGUUUUCUGGGAAAGCAACGCAGCACCCUGAAGCGCUUGACGUUGGCAUUGAUAGCCGUCAAUGAUCAGCGUGUUUGGAAAGACAUAUUUUCGAGCCUCAGCGUAGGCUUUUCGCUCGACUUCAUUCGCUUUCACUACUUGAAUGUCUACGGCGACGAAUGGGAGCUCGCUUCGACCGUGGCACGGACGCAGAAGGCGUGUUUGAUGGUAUCUGGUAAGAAAGGGGUGCAAGAAGUCMUAGUCGAGCUCGCAGACGACGCCCAAUUCACGGAUUACAACGACAACAAUCCUCAGGAGAUAUGGACGGGCAUUGCAGACGACGAAGGACUAGAAGGAAUAGGCGCAGAUUCGGAUACAGAUGGUGACGAAGAUGCCGAUGCCGAAGACGAUGGAAACUGA